AUGGUGGACGACCUCCACCAUCAGUGGAAUGACUUCAAAGCCAUGACAGGCGUCAAGCGUGUCAUCUCGUUUGGCGGCUGGGUCUUUUCAAACGAGGAGACGUACGAUGUCCUCAGGAAAGCCAUGGGCCCAGCCAAUCGAAAGUUGUUCGCAAACAACGUCGUUGCAUUUCUGAACCGGGAAGGCUUGGAUGGUGUAGAUUGGGACUGGGAGUAUCCAGGCGCAACGGAUAUCCCUGGGACGCCUCCAGGGAGCACCAGCGAUGGGCCAAACUACCUCAAGUUUGUGACCCUGAUGAAGACCAAGUUGGGUGGCAAGACGCAAUCAAUUGCUGCACCGUCCUCGUACUGGUAUCUCAAGAACUUCCCAAUUGCCCAGAUGGGGCUGGCUCUCGACGACAUUGUCUUUAUGACCUACGACCUGCACAGUAUGUGUGACUAG